GAAGACACUGUCAGCCACUCUGUAGACUCGCCGAUGAUAAUAAUAAUAAUAGUAAAUAAUACAAAUAUUACACAACAGACUUCGGAAUAUUGGACUAUUGGAGUUGUAGGUACCUAUCGAGUUGUUUUAAACUACCACCACGACUACCGAGGCGCCGAGUGCCGAUUGCCGACACUUUACGUUCCGCAGUCGUCCGCUUCGUUUGUCUUCUGAUCGACGUAGACGCGUUUCUGGUUCUAGUCAUCCCGGACUAUAAUUAUUUGUACCAACGUUGUGUUAAACCAAUUGGCAGGACCAUGGCGAAGAAGUUAUUGGGAUUGACCGCUGGACUCGCCAAGUCCUCAGCUUUGGUUCGUAACCGCAAUUAUGCUACAGCUUCAUCGAGAAUCUUGGUUAAAAAUCCCAUAGUUGAAAUGGAUGGUGAUGAAAUGACAAGAAUUAUGUGGGAAAAAAUAAAAGAAACACUCAUUUUUCCUUAUAUCAAAUUAGAUUGCUUGUACUACGAUCUUGGUCUACCCAAUAGAGAUGUGACUGAUGAUCAAGUAACUAUAGAUGCUGCAGAAGCUACAUUAAAAUAUAAUGUGGGCAUUAAAUGUGCAACGAUAACACCAGACGAAGCUCGUGUUGAAGAAUUUAAAUUGAAAAAAAUGUGGCUCAGUCCUAAUGGUACAAUACGUAAUAUUCUUGGUGGAACAGUUUUUAGAGAACCAAUUAUAUGUAAAACUAUUCCUAGACUGGUCCCUGGUUGGACCAAACCUAUUGUUAUUGGCAGACAUGCCCAUGGUGAUCAAUACAAAGCUACUGAUUACUUAGUAACCAGGCCUGGCCAAUUGGAAUUAGUUUUUACUGAUCACAAAGGGCAAGUAGAAAAGCUUAAGGUGUUUGAUUUCAAAUCCCCUGGUGUUGCGAUGGCCAUGUAUAAUUUGGACGAUUCAAUAGCUUCAUUUGCUCACUCCAGUUUUCAAGUGGCUUUGUCAAAAAAAUGGCCGCUUUAUUUAUCUACAAAAAAUACCAUUCUUAAAAAAUAUGAUGGAAGAUUCAAAGACAUUUUUCAAGAUAUUUUUGAAGGGAACUACAAGUCUCAAUUUGAAGCAGCUAAAAUUUGGUAUGAACAUCGUUUGAUCGAUGACAUGGUAGCACAAGCAUUAAAAGGAGAUGGUGGUUUUGUAUGGGCAUGUAAAAAUUAUGAUGGAGACGUCAUGUCCGAUAUUAUUGCUCAGGGAUAUGGUUCAUUGGGCCUUAUGACAUCAGUUCUCGUUUGCCCUGAUGGUAAGACAAUAGAAUCAGAAGCUGCUCAUGGAACAGUCACCAGACAUUACAGACAACACCAAGAAGGAAAACUAACCUCAACAAAUCCCAUUGCUUCAAUUUAUGCUUGGACUCGUGGUCUUAAGCACAGAGCAAACCUUGAUAACACUCCUGAACUUACCAAAUUUUGUGAUACAUUAGAAGAAGCUUGUGUAGGAAGUGUUGAUGCUGGCCAUAUGACUAAAGAUCUUGCAGCUUGUAUACACGGUUUAAAAAAUGUAAAAGAAGGAAUGUACUUGAACACUAAUGAGUAUUUGGAUAGUGUGAAAGAACAUUUGGACAUUAAAUUAAAACCGGAUACAAAAAAACUGUUUGCAUCAAUUGGUGCAGUUUGACAAGUUUGACCUUUUGCUGCAAUUACAAUUUAUUAUUCUAUUAUACAAUAUGCAUACUUUUUAUACUUAAUAUAAUAUAUAUUUGAAUAAGAUGAUAUUUAUAUUUUAAUAAUUGCACUUUUAUGAUCAAAUUUGCACAUAAUAAAUAAAAAUUGAAAAUUCAUAUCUUAUUUUCUGCUUUCAUUUAAUAUCGUAAUUUAUUAUACUUACAUAAACAUCUCAUUUUUAUUUUUAUAAAAUAUAUUGUGCUUUCUUAUAACUUGAUCUACAUGUCUUCACUUAUAUAACAGAUAUUAUUUACAAACUAUAUUUGUGGAAUAAAAAUAUAUUACAAAAAUUAUUUAUUUCAAAUUUAUAUUUAAAUGUUUUAUUAUUGAAGUUUUGUUUACAUUUAACUACUAAAAUUUGUCAAAUAUGUUAUUGUAAAAGUAUCUUGCUUUUUUAAUUAAAUAUUCCUUCUAAUCUACUUUUUAAUUAAACUAGAUAAUUCACAUGAUGGGACAAAAAGCACGUUAUUUGCAGAUAGGUUGAAUAGCACUUCAUCAUCUAUACUUUAUUGCACACUUACAUUUUUCAGAUAUGAUCAAUGAAAUAAAUGCUUUAUAUUUUUGGCAUGUACUUCUAAUAUUAACCAUUGUUAUGUUAACAUUUCAAAUUUGUAUGCUGCUAAAUGACUCAUUGUUGUGUUAGUUACAAUAUUCUAUUGAAGUUCUAUUUGUUACUAUGAUAGUGUUGAUAAUUAAUUGUAAUGCUCAAAAUUAAUUCUACUGUAAAAAAAA